AGAAGCGGUCUGUGUGUGUGUGUGUGUGUGUGUGUGUGUGUGUGUGUGUGUGUGUGUGUGUGUGUGUGUGUGUGUGUGUGUGUGUGUGUGUGUGUGUGUGUGUGUGUGUGUGUGUGUGUGCGAGAGGAGCAGCUCUGCCUGCGUACGCCUCCAUGAGAUAAGGGAACCUUGAUAGUGAGAGUGUGUUGUGUCUAGCGAGUCAUGUAGACAGGCUGUGACUGCAAUCAGUGGGACGAGAGCCAGCCUCCCUGCCUGUGUGCUCUCAGCGCCCCCACUGGCUGCACGCUGUGCCAAUCAAAGGCUGGUGGGCGGGGCCCGGGCCGACAUGAGCGCUGAUGUCACAGUCACAUGGAUGGUGGUGUGGUCGUGCUCCAAGCCUGGGAGACGGAGCUGUGUGUUGGCCAGCUGCUGCUGAGACAGCAGUGGAGGGCUUUUGCGCUGUUACGAGUGCAUUCUUAUGGACCCGGAGUUUAAUGAUGUAUUUUGUGAUUUCAGCUAUGAAAGCUCAAAUCGAAAUAAUUCCCUGCAAGAUCUGUGGAGACAAAUCAUCAGGCAUCCACUACGGCGUGAUAACAUGUGAGGGCUGUAAGGGCUUCUUCCGGAGGAGUCAGCAGAGCAACGCGGCGUACUCCUGCCCGCGCCAGAAGAACUGCCUGAUCGACCGGACCAGCCGCAACCGCUGCCAGCACUGCCGGCUGCAGAAGUGUCUGGCGGUGGGCAUGUCACGAGAUGCGGUGAAGUUCGGCCGCAUGUCCAAGAAGCAGCGCGACAGCCUGUACGCCGAGGUCCAGAAGCACCGGCUACAGCAGCAGCAGCAGCGGGACAACCAGCAGCAGCCGGGCGAGGCCGAGCCGCUCACGCCCACCUACGGCCUCUCGGCCAACGGCCUGACGGAGCUCCACGACGACCUCAGCGGCUACAUGGACGGCCACACCCCCGACGGCAGCAAGCAGGACUCGGCCGUCAGCAGCUUCUACCUGGACAUCCAGCCGUCCCCCGACCAGUCCGGGCUGGACAUCAACGGCAUCAAGCCCGAGCCCGUCUGCGACUUCGCCCCGGGUUCGGGGUUCUUCCCCUACUGCUCCUUCACCAGCGGAGACACCUCCCCCACCGUGUCCAUGGCUGAGCUAGAGCACUUGGCCCAAAACAUCUCCAAGUCGCACAUGGAGACGUGUCAGUACCUGAGAGAGGAGCUGCAGCAGAUGACCUGGCAGGCGUUCCUUCAGGAAGAGAUCGAGAACUACCAGAACAAGCCCAGGGAAGUCAUGUGGCAGCUGUGCGCCAUCAAAAUAACGGAGGCCAUUCAGUACGUGGUGGAGUUCGCCAAGCGCAUCGACGGCUUCAUGGAGCUGUGUCAGAACGAUCAGAUAGUGCUGCUGAAAGCAGGCUCUCUGGAAGUUGUGUUUGUCAGGAUGUGCCGUGCCUUCGACUCACAAAACAACACAGUCUACUUUGAUGGGAAGUACGCCGGACCUGAUUUGUUCAAGUCAUUAGGCUGUGACGACUUGAUCAGCUCCGUCUUCGAGUUUGGGAAGAACUUGUGUUCUAUGCACCUGUCUGAGGAUGAGAUCGCCCUGUUCUCCGCGUUCGUCUUGAUGUCUGCCGACCGGUCCUGGCUCCAGGAGAAGGUGAAGGUGGAGAAGCUCCAGCAGAAGAUCCAACUGGCUCUCCAGCACGUCCUCCAGAAGAACCACAGAGAAGAUGGCAUUCUCACAAAGUUGAUAUGCAAAGUAUCGACGCUGCGUGCGCUGUGCAGCAGGCAUACAGAGAAGCUAACGGCUUUCAAAGCAAUAUACCCAGACAUUGUCCGCGCCCACUUCCCCCCCUUAUACAAGGAGCUGUUCGGGUCGGACUUUGAGCAAUCCCUGCCCGUGGACGGGUAGUCGGCCGGGGGGCCCCGGGGCCGGCGUGACCACCGUAAGGGGAAUGUGAAGGAGGGAUCUGAGACACUUUAGCUGUGCCCUGCACAAACAGAACAGACAGGCGGCGCUCUGUUCCAACGUACCCGUGUACCUUGGCAGGGAGGGCUAAAUCGGUUCACUUAUUGAGGUUUACGUUCACUGAAUAUGGUUCUUUGUUUGGAAGAUGUGCGUGUGACACUUGCGCCCCCCCCCCCCCCCCCCCCUCCCCCCUCCCAUUGCUCUGACAGAAAAAAAAGUAUAUGGGGACAGAGGAUUUUUUUCUUUUCGGUCAGGGGUUGAGCUCGACCGCUCCAGUUCAUGUUAACAGCCUAACUAUCGGGAUCCCUCUGUUCUUGUCUUUCGUUUUUUUUUCUGGUAAUGUGGAUGGAUUUACUGAAAUAAUACUUUUAGCUGCACUCCGGAAAUACCAAAACAAUCAGUGAAUAAGAGUCAUAGCUCAAAUAUCACAUCUAUUUAUUAACAGUGGCUAAACCAACGUUUUCUUAGACCAGAACAUAAAAGUCCUAAUGAAAAAUAUAUGGCUGGCGAAUAUGGACAUUGUGGUCGAGUUCAGCCCCGUUCCCCAUUCUGUUUGGUUGGUCUUUUUGGACACAUUUUAAUGAUGAAAACACAGCGACGUUGAGAGCACAGCAACUCUCUAUGGACAAUCGUAUAAGGAAAUAACAAUGAUCAAGCAUAGAAUUGUGGUAAUUCUUGACAAAAUUCUAAUGAUUUUAGCUGUCAAUGACUCCAUCCACCGUGGUAGCAUAGUGAAAUCAUGUAAGGCCAUUUGCUAUUAAUCCUUCUGAAUGGAAAGGGUCCACUCCACCUGUUUUAUAAUGUACUACAGGGUAUACGGUCAUAAGUACUUACUAUACAGAAAAAAGUAAUGUUUAUAGAAUCUAUUUUAAAUAACAUGUAUGAUAUUAGUAGUUAGGAACAUCUUCUUAAUUGUUGAAUUGAUAAGGCACUUUUUAUUUGCACCUUUCUUUAAUUUAAGACUUGUAUAUUUACCUAGUGAUGUGUUGCAUGUGCACAAGAAAUACAAGUUGAAGCAUAGUUACAGAGGUUAACCUGGGAGCUGCAGGUUGCGAACGGGGUCUAUAGGUGUGUGGUGUUGUGCGGGCGUCCUCUUCUGUUUGGCCGGUCAGAUUCGGAGAUCUGCAGGAGGAGACAGGUUAGAUUCACAAAGUUGUCAAUCCACCAUUGCACAGAAGAAUACAGCAAAGAAAGCAUUAACAAUCUUACAUUUUUUUUAUUUUGCCGAAAUAUUAAGAGCAGUGGAUUUAGGAAGGGCAUGUACGAGUGUAUCUGCUUUAAAGACAGCACACCUGCAUCCUUUGCUGCAUAGUUAAGAUAUUUUUGGGAUAUCAAAUGCCCUUUGCAGAUUCUUUGCAGAAAUUAUUUAGCUUGGUUUGAUUAAGAUCUGCAAUCUUGCAACAAAGGUCCAACAGGAACAUUGGAUGCUGUAAAAAUACACAACAGACACCAAACAACAACAGGUGUGUCCAUUUCCCCGUCGAUACAACUGUUCCAUCUAGUGGAGAGUAAAGACACAACAAUCAAAAGUGAAGGUAUGAUCAACAAAACUUUCUUUUUUUACCUUAAGGCACAUAUAGAAUCCAGUAUUUAUUAAUUAUGCUUACUUUUCAUCAUCCUUGUCUCCUUUCUGCAGCCUCUGUCUUGUGACAACUAAACAGAAAACACUCACACACACACACACACACAUACACACACAAACAAAAACACACACACACACACAUGCAUCAACACACGCACACACAGACUCACACAAACAUACAGGAAAUAGAGUGAAUAUUCAAAGCCUUGUCUGGUCGUAAAGCUUCUAUUUUUGUACCAUCUUUUGGUUAAACUUGUGAAACAGAUGGAAGGAGAGGAAAAGAUGUCAGGUAGCACUUAAGUAUAUUCCCGCAAUAAUUAGCUUAGCUGUUGUUCGUACGGUUUGGGGAGAGGUAUAAAAAUGGUAGGACAAGUGCUAUUUUCAGAAUGCUUUGUUGUUGUGCUUCUGUUUUGUCCAGUUUUUUGUGUCUUUCUUGUCAUUGUGGUAGUUCAAUUUGUAAAAAACAAAAAAGAAAAUUCCUGGAUGUGCCAAACGUAGUUGUUGCUUGUGCUUCCCACUCACAGCCGUCGUCGAUGUAGUGUGGAUCAGCGAGACAUUCCAGAACUGUUAGCAGCUUCUACAAAUAUAACCUGCCAGAAGAUCAAAAACAACAAUUUGUAUUCCUCAAGAAUCUCAUCACGACACAUUAACAGUUUGAGUCACAGACAUUAGCGUAGAUUCCGUUGAUUUAUGUUUUGUUUUGGUUUGAUUUGCACAUUCUUCUGCCGUGCAAUUUGUACAAGACGUUAAUGUCUGGUACUGUCACCCCUCAGGGAAGAGUUUCUUUAAUGCUUUCUGUUCAAGAGGCCAUUUUGUUGUGCUUUCUAGUUCUCAUUCGGGGUAGUUCAGGGUAGUUUGAGUUCAGGGAUGGAACCGUCUUUGUCCGUUGGAGAUUAUUAUUUGACAUUAUGCAUUCUGAGUUGUGACUAUUUUCUUUCCUAAGGGGCCUUCAACCACUGACAUUGCCCUCAUAUAUUGAAAUCCAAUGCAAAGACAUUUGUAAAAACACAAAUCGCAUUACCUUGUGAAAAAACAUAAUUUCACAAACACGGCAUAUUCUCCUCACAGAAAAAAAAUCUAAAAUUUCAAGUUUCAAAUGGUGUCAUCAGGGUCAACCUAAUAAAAAAAAAGAAGAGAAAAACCAAAUAUUCUUAUGCAAUACUAAAACCGUUGUGUUUGAGUUGUAGUAGAUAUGCUGUAUUUAAGUAAUAAUCUCUGUUCUGGUCCAAGGCCAUUUGGAUAUGCACAAACCCUAGUCACUCGUAAACCUCAACAUAAAAGCCCCUGUGUGGAAGAGUACUAGACAAUCCCGGCAGGCCCUGUAGGAGAGCAGAGGACGAGGUGUUACAUGCUCAGGGAGGUGGACUGGAGAAGCAGCUCUUUUCUGUUGAUAUUUAUGUUCUUGGUUGCGUCAUCUUUUGACAGUUUGAAGUGUGCGGUGGCUGAUUUUCCCCACGUGAAACGCUUCAAUGUUCAGUCUAAAAAUACAGAGUGCGCUCCAGGGAGACUGGCUGAUAUCAUGUCAUUCGCCGUCAGGCAGUUUUAUCUUUGUAACAAAAUUAUUUAAUUGUACAUUAAGAAGAUUACUGCCAUUAAUUAUUGCUAAUAGGCCUAAAAACUCCUUUGACAUGAAACAAGUCAAUAUUUUGGUAUAAUUUUAUUAACUGUAUAAUACUUACCAGUGGGUAGUCUUUAAUUUCAUCUUUCGUACAGUGAACAUGUUUCAUCCCUCAGUAUUGUGUUCCACAAUACAGGACAUGGUUGUGUUACAAUUACGGGUCUCUGCUGUGUAACGGCUAUAGUGCAGUCCUCAUGACAUCAUUUACAAACACCUCUCAAUUGUGGCAUUCUCUGCAAAGGACUUCUGGUCCCAAACUCACAAACAAAUACUAGUAAUAAAAGCCCUCUUACUCCAUCGACUCUCCCAGAGAGGAAGUUAGUCAGCAACUUGGCCAGUAUUGCAUACAUUACAAUAAUAUGCACAUAACCAGACAGCGUGUGUUUUAAUCGAUGUAUAUACAGUGAACUGUAUCAGUCCUUCUGUCUCUGCUGUUUGUAAAAAAAAAAAAAAAAAAGCAAUAGUACUAUAUGUGUGUGCGUGUGUUUAUGUGUAUAUGUGUUUGUAUUCCUCGUUUGAGAAUGAAAGAACCCCCAGACAAGGCUUUAAUAAUUACGCAGGAACAGAGGGUCAAAUGACACAACACAGAGUCUGUUGGUCUUGGUUUUUUUUCUUAUAAAAAAACUGUUUCAAUUUUUUGCUGAGCUUUUCCCAUCCAUUACAAGAUGUUUAUACGUGGGACAGGCACACCUUCAACAAUUCAUUGGUCUUUGGAUGACUGGCAAAAAAUGCAGACUGGUCUCUCAGCAAAACCGACCAUUGGGCCAAUAGUUAUGGUUCAGGCUGAAAUUGAGUUUUGGACGAUAAAUUCUGAAGUGGUUCUGACCAAGAUUUUUUGAAGAUCUGUGUUUUGUCAAGUAAGAAGUGAGGGAGAAAGAGUGUAUCGGCCAGAAUAAUGAAAGUAUACCAUUACAUUGAAGAAAAUACAUUUCCAAAGCACAACUGAUAAGGUUUUAUUAUUAAAAUACAAUUAAGAGUAUAGUUUAAAAAAGGAUGAAAAACAGCUUUUAGCCAUAAUCGAAUGUCGAGCAAUAAUAUAUGUGGUGUAUUAUUUUAGAAUUUUGUGCAUAUAGGUUUCAAACAUCUGCAUGUAAAUACACCUCUUAUUUAUCACUUUUGUUUAUCUUCUGUUCGGUUUUGUGUUGAUUUCUAAUACAUUAUUUUGUCUCCCAUCUGUAUAUUUGACCCAUUCUGUUCCCAGGUUGGAGAGCCAAGAACUUAACAUGAACCCUAUGCUUUCUUAUUUUCUCUCUUCCUCACCACUCAUCCUAUUUAAUAUUAUUGAUCACAUGUAUAAAGGUAGCUUUGUAACUUCUGUCUGUAUAGGUAAGAGGUAAAAAUACUGCUACUACGGCCUACCCGGUGCAAAUAUUUAUCUGUUUCUUCGAGGACACCAUGUACGAUAACUUGUUUCUAGUUGGCCUCCCUCUUUUAGGAUUAGUUUGAUAGGGAAUAGGGCGUGCCACUCGCUUAUUUUGUGUUUCCCUAAGUGUGGUGCUGGGUAAGUUAAUUUUGUGACCAGAGUAUUGAUUCCUUGCCAGGCCGUCCUAUAAGUCUGUUCAUUUUGUUGCCUAUUAAUGUGUUAUUGAUAUUAGGAUUCAAUAAAUGAUAACAAUAAUGAUUAUGAUAAUGGUUAAAUUGCCCAGCAGGUACCUGUAUCAGUGUGCUAGUCUUUGGGUAAGGAGCAUAUUUCCUUCUCACUUAGAACAAAGCUAGUCUGCUAAUUAACAAGCUAUUUAAGGUUGCUUUUCUGGUUCGGGGAAAUUGCUAUAUUUAAAAAAGGAAACUGCAGUAUUGUGGGUUAUUUUUCUUUUUUUUCUUUUUUGUAUGAGAACCACUUACUGGGGAAGUAGGAUCAGGAUUUUAAGAUAAUUAUAAGUAUUUAUACCUCUAUUGUGGGCGUAGCUCUUCACUAGAUGCGGUGAAGCGAGAUGCAGAGUCUGCUCUAGCCCCCAUUGAAACUGACCCACCAACAGAUGUUUUGUUUUUGUUUUUUACGAGUGACACCACAUCGAAGUGUUAUUUAAAAAGUACAUGAACGGAAACCGCGCGAAGAUCAAUAUGACCUUUCUUUUUCUUUCCUCUCCACUCUGUAGCAAUUGAUCAGUUCGAUGACCCUCGCAAUAAUUCACAAUGUACCACACGGUGUGCCUCGCGGGGAACCUGACGCACACGUGGUCUGAUUGUCUCUGUGGUUUUUUCAGUGUGUACUGAAGUGACAAUGUAUUUUUUAUGGGAGGGAUUAACUCUCACUCUCAAAUGCUUAAAAUGUCGUCUGGUUAUAUUCUAAUGUGUUAUGUAUAUUAUUUAAACCAGGGUUAACGUUUUUCUCAUGUACAAUAUGGGCAGAGCGUAAAUUUCAUGCAACAACCUUAGCAUAAAGACGGGAGACCCGUGACCACGUGGGUUAUUUUAACGUUGGUCUAUAACAGCAGAGCAAAGCAACACCAACAAUAAUAGACAAAAACGUAAUUUAAAAGGAAAAAAAAUGACAAUAAACUAACAGGCAGUCGACAUCUGUUUCAUUUAGGCUACCGUUUCUGUUUUAUAUCACCUUUUUUUCACUGACUACAGAAUAUUGACUAAUGCAUUGUAUACCAAGUAUUUGUAUUUGUUUGUAAAACCGAAGCAUCAAGCACACCUGCGUUUACUUUCCGGAUCUGUGUUCCGCAGGAGCUCAGCGGGGUGGGAGGGGCGUGGGGGCGGAGUCUGUGUCCGUGCAGAAGCAGUACAAACUAUGGUCUAUCAAACUAGUGUAUGGUCUUCACAGAAUUUCUAAGUCACAUGUUUGCUACUGAUGUUGAAAUGGGGGACAGAUGAUCAUGUACCUUUUUAUCCAGCUCUUUUAAACUCUCUUUAGCGGGUAGUCUAUUCACAAAUGUAGUUUUGCUCCUUCUUGUCUUAUUCUUAAAUAUGGAAAAUAAGUAUUUUGAUUCAUUUUGUAAAUACAGCUGUAAAGAAAAAUAAGAAAUUUAAUGUUGUCUUUUAAAUACUUUUCAUUCUAAUAUGAAUGUUGUUAUAUUGUACUUAGAAACUGUACCUUUAAUAUUACCUUUAUUAAAAGUGCAUUGGCCACAUCGAUUUUAGAUGUGCUUUAUGUGCUGUUAUCCCAUAAUAAAAUUUACUGCUUGUAAUGGGCUUUUAUUUUCCUGACUGUUUCUAUGUUGUCUGUUUCUCUUUUAAAAAAAUAAAAUUCACCAAAUAGCAUCUGAA